AGAAUGGAGCCGCCGCAGCUGGAACAUAUCAGACGGCGCAGGUGUGACAGUGCAGCCUCAGUGCCUCAGUUCUGCAACUCCCCCACCGUGAUUGUGAUGGUGGGAUUGCCGGCCAGAGGGAAGACCUACAUCUCCAAGAAGCUCACGCGCUACCUCAACUGGAUUGGCGUUCCUACCAAAACGUUUAAUGUGGGCCAGUACCGCAGGCAGGCCGUCCAGAUCUAUGAGAACUUUGAGUUCUUUAAACCUGAUAAUGAAGAGGCCAUGAAGAUCCGCAAGGCCUGUGCAGCAGCCGCCCUCAAAGACGUCGCUGCCUACUUCUCAAAGGAAAAGGGACAAGUAGCCGUGUUUGAUGCUACCAACACCACCAGGGAGAGAAGGGCGGUCAUUCUUAGUUUUGCCAAGGAGAAGGGCUACAAGGUCUUCUUUGUGGAAUCAAUCUGUGAUGACCCUGACAUCAUUGCAGAAAAUAUCAAGCAAGUGAAAUUUGGGAGUCCAGACUAUGUGGAUCGUGACACAGACGAAGCCUUGCAAGACUUCAGCCAGCGCAUCGAGUGUUACAAGGCGUCCUAUGUGCCUAUAGAUGAUGAGAAAGACAGGAAGCUCUCCUACAUCAAGAUCUUCAACGUGGGCAGCAGAUACCUGGUUAACCGGGUCCAGGAUCACAUCCAGAGCAGGAUCGUCUACUACCUCAUGAACAUCCACGUUACGCCACGCUCCAUCUACCUGAGCCGUCAUGGAGAGAGUGAACUCAACCUGUUAGGCCGUAUUGGCGGAGAUUCAGGCCUGUCGCCUCGAGGUCAGACGUAUGCCAAAGCCUUGGCAGCUUUCAUCAGGGGUCAGAACAUCAAGGAGCUGAAGGUGUGGACCAGCCACAUGAAGAGGACCAUCCAGACCGCAGAGGCUCUGGGAGUCCCGUACGAACAGUGGAAGGCCCUCAAUGAGAUUGAUGCUGGUGUCUGUGAGGAGUUAACCUAUGAAGAAAUCCAGGAGAAUUUCCCAGAAGAGUUUGCACUGAGAGACCAGGACAAAUAUCGUUAUCGUUACCCCAAGGGUGAGUCCUACGAGGACCUUGUCCACCGUCUGGAGCCGGUCAUCAUGGAGCUGGAGAGGCAAGAGAAUGUCCUGGUUGUCUGCCACCAAGCUGUAAUGCGCUGCCUGCUGGCCUACUUUCUAGACAAACCUGCAGAUGAGCUGCCCUACCUACGCUGUCCCCUGCACACGGUGCUCAAACUCACACCGGUAGCGUACGGGUGUAAAGUCGAGCCAUGUUGCCUCAAUAUUGAGGCAGUCAACACACAUAGAGAAAAGCCAACGAACGUUGACGUUGACAGAAAACCAGAGGAAGCCCUGCAGACCGCUCCUGACCACAUAUGAACGCUGUUUAGGGAAACAUGGGCUCUGAUCAGAUUGGAUUGUGGAUUUGGAUGCAAUGCUAUUGCACUGGUUAACUUCAGCUUCAAGUAAUAUU